ACUGGUUUUAUUGGUAGCAAGCCAAUAUCUGGGAUUUUGUGUAGUGGUAAUGUUUGCCGUUCUACCAUGCUCGGUAACCUGGGCUUCAUUGAAUUAGGCAUUCCGUAAAAUAUUUAUGCAACUUCAUCAGAAACCUUGCCAGGAUAUGAAUGAUUAUUUUCGGACAAAUUGACGAUUUUGUUGGCUCAAACAAAACUGAGAGAAGCAAAUGAUUUCUGGGGAACAGAAGAAUGAAUUGAGGAUUUCAUUGCACACGUUGGAAGCAGUCUGGCUCAUUGGCACCGAGGAAUACCAUGGAGCUCCUAGAAGAAGAUCUCACCUGUCCGAUUUGCUGCUGUCUUUUUGAAGACCCGCGGGUCCUCCCCUGUUCGCACAGCUUUUGUAAGAAAUGUUUGGAAGGCAUUCUGGAUGGAAACAGAGGUCCCAUGUGGAGACCACCGUUCAGAUGUCCAACUUGUAGGAAAGAUACCUCUCACAAUGGUAUCAACAGCCUUCAGGCCAACUAUUCCUUACGUGGAAUUGUGGAGAAGUACAAUAAAAUAAGGAUCUUCCCGAAGAUGUCGCUGUGUAGACAGCACAGUUGCCAGCCGCUCAAUAUAUUCUGUGCCACGGACUUAAAACUCAUAUGUGGGUUUUGCGCUACGACUGGAGAUCACAAAGGGCACAAAUUUUGUGCAUUAGAAGAGGCUUACCAACAAGAAAAAAUCGCCUUUGAAGAACUGUUUAAACGCGUUGAAAAUUGGCGAAGCGCAGACGUGUUGUCCUGUUUGGAGUCCUUGGAAACAAGCAAGAAGAAAUCGUUGCAGCAGGUUAGCAAAGAUGCCGAAAAGGUAACGGAGUAUUUCGAUAAGUUGAUAGGCACCCUGGAUCAGAAGAAGAACGAGAUACUUUCAGAUUUUGAAACGCUGAAGUUGGCUGUGAUGCAGUCGUACGACCCAGAGAUAAACAGGCUGAGAGCGGUACUGGACGAACAGAGGCGAGCUCUCAGCAUCGCUGAAUCCUUCAGAGAUUCGUGCGAUCCGCUCCGCUUCCUACAGCAAAUGCAGGAGUUUAGGGAAAAACUGAGGGUUAUGCGGGAGACCACGCUACCGCCUCGAAGUGACAUGGAUGUCGGAUCCUUGAUGAAGAACUUUGAUGUAAAGAGCUGGGACUCUGUGACGCUCAAAGAUGUGGACAAGCUCGCAGCUCCCCACGAGACCAGCGCCUACGGCUCCACAAGUGUAAGGUUUUCCAAAGCGUUGUGGGGACUUGUCAUUUUAGUGUGUCUUACGUUGUAUGUGUUUAUGGAGCCAAACAACCUCUCUUUGAUUUCUACCCAUGUCUCUGCAGUCAUUCAGUUGUACUUUCCGGCGCCCGCAGAUAUGGCCAACUAUGGUGCAUUUUACUGGAGUGAGGUGGCUAGUUUGUGUCUGUUUCUAUAUGAGGUAUGCCAGAAGUGUGUCCUCUGUCUGUUAAAUUCAGCAGCCAACUUAAUUUGUUGUUGCAAGCUGCUUUAGGUUUGUUAGGUCACCCUUGCUGCUGAAAAUCGUAUAUUUAGGCUUCAUAUGUUGCGAUUCCGAUUCCCCAUUUAAAGAAAUUGAUCAAGCCAGUAUUACACAUUUACUUUCUAUGUUCUUUCAUAUUUCUGUAAACGAGUCAUUUAGAAAGGUCUACGACUCAUAUGAGGGUGAAGAAUCAUUUUCUGACAGCCUAUUGACGACAACUUCGUGCCAUUUAAUUUAGGCGGUGUAUUAAAUGUUCACGCUCUGUCAUUUACGUCGCUGUGAUAUAUAAUACAAAUACAAUUUAAAUAGAAAACUAAUUUCGCUAGCCUAGCAAAUGUGGCAAUUCAUGAUGUAUUGUCAUCGGGGUUUCCCCUGCGACAGUAACCUUUUUGAGUUGCAUAAUAAAAUUGUUGCAUUUGU